AUGUCUGCAAUAUACAAGCUCUCGAUCCAGGGGAUUCGAUCUUUUGAUUCCAAUGAACGUGAAACCAUUGAGUUCGGGAAACCUCUGACGCUCAUCGUGGGAACAAAUGGUUCGGGGAAAACAACAAUCAUCGAGUGCUUGAAAUAUGCAACCACAGGGGACCUGCCGCCCAACAGCAAAGGCGGUGCAUUUGUUCACGAUCCCAAGAUAACAGGCGAGAAGGACGUUCGGGCCCAAGUCAAGCUGGCGUUCACGGGAGCCAACGACGUAAACAUGAUUGUGACAAGAAACAUCCAACUACUUGUGAAAAAGACGACCAGCACAUUCAAAACUUUGGAAGGCCAACUCGUUGCCCUCAACAAAGGCGAUCGCACUACACUUUGCAGCAGAGCUGCAGAGCUUGACCAACAGGUUCCGCUUUACAUGGGUGUUCCCAAGGCAAUUCUCGAUUACGUGAUUUUUUGCCACCAGGAAGAUAGUCUGUGGCCUCUGAGCGAGCCAUCCAAUCUGAAGAAGAAGUUUGAUGAGAUAUUUCAGGCAAUGAAAUUCACCAAAGCACUUGAUAAUCUGAAAGUUAUUAGGAAAGAAAUGGCUGUGGAUAUCAAGCUGCUCAAGCAGUCCGUGGAGCAUUUGAAAGUUGACCGAGAUCGUAGCCGCUCGACCAAGAUCAAUAUCGCAAACUUGGAAAAACGGGUCGAGACUUAUCAAAAACAAGUUCAAGAGGUCGAUCGACAGCUUGACGAGAUCACGGAUAAGUCGGAUAAGCUUUUCAAGUCCAAUCAAGAGUUUCAGCAAGUCUUGAGUAAAAUGGACGGUCUCAGAAAUAGCCGGAGUUCGCUACAGGCACAAAUAGCUCGAUUAGAAGGCACGACAGAGCUUUUAGACCUACCACGGGAAAAAUUAGAAGAUCUUGUCACGAAUUUUUCCGCAGCUCUGAAGGAGAAGGAGACGGUGGUCGAGCAGCUUCAAAAUCAGAUGCGGGAGAAACGUCAAGGCUUAGAUGAAGCUCGCAAUUCUUACAAUGAACUCAUCUCGAUAAAAGGUGGUCUUGAAGCGCGCCAGGAGACUCACUUUGGUCACAAGAAGCAGUUGAAAGCGCUCGUGGAAGAUCUGCGACAUAAAAAGAUUGUUCAUAGCGACGCGAUAGCUUCUGAACUAAAUGAAUAUGUAGAUACGUCAAUGAAAGCCCUAGAAGCAACAUCUUUGGAAAGUGGGAAAGAAAUAGAGAAGUUGAAAAGGCAGAUUAUGGAUUUAGAGAGUUCUCGCGUGAAACAAGAACAACAGCUAAUAUACUGCAAGAAAGAUAAAGAUAAACUUUUACAGGAGUUGGACUCUUUCAAGUCGAAAUUUGGUGAAAUGGCUGACAUAGAAAAUGACUUGGCCAAGGAGAAAGAUAGUUUGAAAAACUAUGAGGCUCGGCUGGGCGGAAAAGAUGGUGAUCAGGAAAUAAAUGAUCUCACUUCACAAAUUAAAAACGAAAAUGGAAGGAUCCUACUGCUGGAGAAUGAUUUAGAGAAAAUUCAACGCGAAUUACUCAAAUUAAAUGAGCAGGCCGAUUUGAAUGCCAAGUUUUCCCUGCUGAAGAAAAAUUUAACUAUUAAAGAUGAAGAACUGAAGCAUUGUUCAAUCAAAUUAUCCGAAGAUAGUAGGGCUCAAACGUGGAAUAUACGUCCAACACUUGAUUUGGAAUUAGAAUUCAAAAGAUUUUACCUCAAAUUGCAAAAAGAUUCGACAAGUUUAACUCGAGAGCACAAUAAUCUCGCUCAAGGUGUGGCGGAAAGACAGUUUAUCUACGAUAGCUCUAAAAAAAAGCUAGAAGAGCUUCAGGCUAAAAUCGAGACAUUGCAUAGGAAAGUUGAGGACGGAUUGCCAGAAAACUGCACGAUUGAAGAUUACGAUGAGCUUCUAAAGGAAGCUGAAGAGUCAUACAGGGUUGCCGUUGAAAACCUCAAAAUGCACAAAACAACCUUAGAGUUCAAUUUGAAAGCUUUAGAAGUUGCAAAGAGUAGUAAUUGCUGCUAUUUGUGUCAACGUAGCUUCGGCAAUGACCAAGAGCAGAGUAAGUUGUUGGUUGAACUUCAAUCCAGGACUAAUACGAAAUAUGAGGAAACAUUGAUGGCAAUCCUGAAAGAAGAGGAAGAAUACUUGGCGUCUUUACGAAAACUUGAAAGAGAUUUUUCUUUGGUGAAGUCUCUUUCGGAUUCCAAGCGUUCUGUCGAACAAGAACAAAAUCGUACCUCCUCAAACUUGACAGAACAAAAAGAAACCCUGUCGGAUAGUGCAAAGCGCUUAGGGGAGGUUACGGAUGAUCUUCAGUAUGUGGAGAAAAUAUUGCGCCCUAUCGUUGACAAUAUACUACGGCUAAGGGAAGAUACAAAAGCUCUCAAUGGUGACUUCAAGGAGGUUUCGGAUGAACUUAGUGUGGUGAAUGGUGUUGGCGGAAAUUUGAAGACGGCAGAAGAAUUACAGGUGGAGCAAAAACGUGUAAGUAGCGCAAUAAGGGACUCGCGAAAGCAGCUGGAGGAAUGGCAGGAGGCCAAAGAGAAAAAGUCGAGAGAGCUCAGUAAUCUCAUAGGUUUGAUUCGGGAAAAGAAUUUCAGGAUCCAUGACUUUGAAAAAAAGAUCAGCGAGAAAACUAACUUGGCAUCAUCCAUAAAGGAUAAUGAAAACUCGUUAAGUCAUAUUGAUUCUUUAAUAGAGUCGGGGUCAUCAUCGCUGAAGACAAUAUCUAAUAGAGUGGUUGAUUUAAAAGCAGAUUUAACUCACAAAGCUUCCCAUGCAUUGACUCGAGAGAAAGAAGAGAGGAAAAAUCUUGACUUCUUGAGGGAAAAGCGCGAUAUAUUUACCAGAUUAACGUCAGAUAUUCAUGAAUUCGAAACAGUUUAUGCUUUACGGAUUCAAAGUAUAGGGGAAGAACUGAGCAGAGCAAAUGGUCUAGUAAUUUCUUUAAGCCAAAAGUUGGAGACUGGCAUCAAAGAUAUUGAAGCCCAAAAUCGGCAAAUCAAUGAUUCAUCCAAUGAGAAAAAAAACUUAAAGCUCAAUAUAGAUUUGGCUGACCUGAGAACCGAACUGACCCAAAUUGAUUUCGAGCUCAGCAACCUCAAUAUCCAAAAUGCAGAGGCGCAGAGAGAUGAAUAUCAGCAAGAGUCAAACCAUUUGAGGUCUUUAUUCGAAAAGUUGUCGUCGGACAACGCAGGACGAUUGGGAGAAAUAAAACAACUUCAAAAUCAAAUCCAUUCCCUCUUUGCGCAGCUCAAAAGUGACUAUAGCGACGUGGAUAAUACUUAUCAGCGGGAGUGGGUCAAAUUGCAGACCAAAACCCUUGUUACUGAUGACAUUGAAGUUUAUUCUAAAGCUUUGGAUAGCGCUAUUAUGAAGUACCAUUCCCUGAAAAUGCAGGAUAUCAACAGAAUUAUUGAUGAACUGUGGAAGAGAACAUACAGUGGAACUGACGUUGACACAAUCAAAAUAAAGUCCGAUGAAGUCACCAACUCAAUGAGAGGGAAGACUUAUAAUUACAGGGUGGUGAUGUACAAACAGGAUGCCGAGUUAGAUAUGCGGGGAAGGUGCUCAGCAGGUCAAAAAGUUCUAGCUUCGAUCAUAAUUCGACUAGCCUUGUCAGAAACUUUUGGAGUGAACUGCGGGGUUAUUGCUCUUGACGAACCUACGACGAAUCUUGAUGAGGAAAACAUUGAAAGCUUGGCAAAGUCUCUAAACAAUAUCAUUGAAUUUCGUCGGCACCAGAAGAACUUUCAACUCAUUGUUAUUACACAUGACGAGAAGUUUCUGCGUUAUAUGGGCGCCGCGGAAUUUGCCGAUCAUUUUUAUAAGGUCAAACGAGAUGACCGCCAAAAAUCUCAAAUUGAAUGGGUUGACAUCAACAGAGCUAUUAGCUAG